GCGGCUGCUGCUGCGGCGGCGGCGGUGGUGGCGGCGGUGGGGUGGCGGGAGCGGAGCGGCAUGGCCACGGCGGCUUCUAACCCCUACCUGCCGGGGAACAGCCUGCUCGCGGCCGGCUCCAUUGUGCACUCGGACGCGGCGGGGGCCGGCGGCGGCGGAGGCGGCGGCGGCGGCGGCGGCGGGGGCGGCGGCGGCGCGGGGGGCGGCGGCGGCGGCGGCAUGCAGCCCGGGAGCGCCGCCGUCACCUCCGGCGCCUACCGGGGGGACCCCUCCUCGGUGAAGAUGGUCCAGAGCGACUUCAUGCAGGGGGCCAUGGCCGCCAGCAACGGCGGCCAUAUGCUGAGCCACGCGCACCAGUGGGUCACGGCCCUGCCCCACGCCGCCGCCGCCGCCGCCGCCGCCGCCGCCGCCGCCGUGGAGGCGAGCUCGCCGUGGUCGGGCAGCGCGGUGGGCAUGGCCGGCAGCCCCCAGCAGCCGCCGCAGCCGCCGCCGCCGCAGGGCCCCGACGUGAAGGGCGGCGCCGGGCGCGACGACCUGCACGCCGGCACCGCGCUGCACCACCGGGGGCCGCCGCACCUGGGACCCCCGCCGCCGCCGCCGCCGCCGCCCCCGCACCAGGGCCACCCGGGGGGCUGGGGGGCCGCCGCCGCCGCUGCCGCCGCCGCCGCCGCCGCCGCCGCCGCCGCCGCGCACCUCCCGUCCAUGGCCGGGGGCCAGCAGCCGCCGCCGCCGCAGAGCCUGCUCUACUCGCAGCCCGGGGGCUUCACGGUGAACGGCAUGCUGAGCGCGCCCCCGGGGUCCGGCGGCGGCGGCGGCGGCGGCGGCGCGGGCGGCGGCGCGCAGAGCCUGGUGCACCCGGGGCUGGUGCGCGGGGACACCCCGGACCUGGCCGAGCACCACCACCACCACCACCACCACGCGCACCCGCACCCGCCGCACCCGCACCACGCGCAGGGCCCGCCGCACCACGGCGGCGGCGGCGGCGGCGGCGGCGGCGCGGGGCCGGGACUCAACAACCACGACCCGCACUCGGACGAGGACACGCCGACGUCCGACGACCUGGAGCAGUUCGCCAAGCAGUUCAAGCAGCGGCGCAUCAAGCUGGGCUUCACGCAGGCCGACGUGGGGCUGGCGCUGGGCACGCUGUACGGCAACGUGUUCUCGCAGACCACCAUCUGCCGCUUCGAGGCCCUGCAGCUGAGCUUCAAGAACAUGUGCAAGCUCAAGCCGCUGCUGAACAAGUGGCUGGAGGAGGCGGACUCGAGCACCGGCAGCCCCACCAGCAUCGACAAGAUCGCCGCGCAGGGCCGCAAGCGCAAGAAGCGGACCUCCAUCGAGGUGAGCGUCAAGGGCGCGCUCGAGAGCCACUUCCUCAAGUGCCCCAAGCCCUCGGCGCAGGAGAUCACCAACCUGGCCGACAGCCUGCAGCUCGAGAAGGAGGUCGUGCGCGUCUGGUUCUGCAACCGCCGCCAGAAGGAGAAGCGCAUGACGCCCCCCGGCAUCCAGCAGCAGACGCCCGACGACGUCUACUCGCAGGUGGGCGCCGUGAGCGCCGACACGCCGCCGCCGCACCACGGCCUGCAGACCAGUGUGCAGUGACGGCCCCCGGGGAGGGGGGGGAGAGGCGCGCGCGCACAGCCGCCGCCGCCACCUCCGAAGCCUCGGC